ACUGGUCACUGACAUGACAAAGGAAGUUAUUUUGCAUCGUAGAUAUAGGGCCAAACCUGUUUAUGUUUCAAUUAUGUUACUCCGUAUUUAGGAUCGGCCCUGGGUGAUGGAGGAUGGCCCGUGGUUUUUCCGAAAUCUGGGAGUGGUCAUUAAGGAGUAUGACAGCAUAUCCAAUCUGUCGACUGUGUCCAUGGACCGGCUACCGAUCUGCAUUCAGAUCCAUGACAGACCUGAGAGGUAUAGGAAGUAGAGGCUGAUUAAGGGUCUGGCGGGGAGAAUCAGCGAGGUGAUAAAAACAGGAUCGACGAUGAUAAGAUGGGGCGAGGGAAUUUUCGAUUGUGUCCGCAUUAGCCUGGAUGUUACUAAACCGCUGGCCCGUUUUGCUUCGUUGAUCAAAGAUGGGAAACGAGGGGUGUUCCAAGUCACUUACGAGGAAGGUACCGCUUCCCUAAAAAAAACCCGAGAAGUGCAGUCUAGCGAAGACUUGGGGUGCGAGUCCACGCCCAUCGAUCCCCGCCGCCGGCCGACAACACCCACAAAUCCGAGAUUCAGAAAGGUUGUGCUCGGCAGCGAGAUGGAGAUCGCGGUGGGCGCGCUCUCGGGCAUGGUGGAUGCGCUGCCAGGCAAGCUCGGCGAGCUGCUGCAGCAGGAGUUCAAGCUGCUCUCCGGCGUCCGCGGCGACGUCGCCUUCUUCCAGGCCGAGCUCGGCGCCAUGCACGCCGCUGUCCUCCGGUGCAGGCUCCUCCUCUUCUCCUCCCAUGCGGCAAAUCCAUAGUAAUUUUUGAAUGUUUGUGCUGUGAUUGUGGAGUACCAUCAUGUACCAGGUGAUUUUUCAAAGUUUGUGGUUUUUUCUUUGAAUAUUUGUGCUGUGAUUUUCGAGUACCAUCAGGUACCCAUUGUACAUGACGAGGUACUGUUAUUUAUGAAUGUUUGUGUAGUAAUUUUGUUUCGGCACAUGAUGUAUAUAGUCUUGAUACGACAAGGUACUUAAAAACUGCUAA